GCGGGCGAGCGGGGGCGCGAGGCGUUUACCUGGAGGCAGCGGCUCGGGCGCGCACGGCGGCCGCGGCUCCCCCGCACCUGCGGCCAUGGAUGAGGAGCGCGCCCUCUACAUCGUCCGGGCCGGCGAGGCGGGGGCUAUCGAGCGGGUCCUGAAGGAUUACAGCGACAAGCAUAGGGCUACUUUCAAAUUUGAACCAACAGAUGAAGAUAAAAGAAAGAAACUCUGCGAAGGCAUAUUUAAAGUCCUUGUAAAGGAUGUCCCAACAACAUGUCAAGUGUCCUGCCUGGAAGUACUCCGCAUUCUCUCCAGAGACAAAAAGAUUUUAGUUCCUGUAACAACUAAGGAAAAUAUGCAGAUACUGCUGAGACUAGCCAAGCUAAAUGAGUCGGAUGAUUCUUUGGAGAAGGUGUCAGAGUUCCCAGUUAUUGUGGAGUCAUUAAAAUGUCUGUGUAACAUAGUGUUUAACAGUCAGAUGGCACAGCAGCUCAGCCUGGAACUUAAUCUUGCUGCAAAGCUCUGUAACCUCCUGAGAAAAUGCAAGGACCGAAAAUUUAUCAACGACAUUAAGUGCUUUGACUUGCGCUUGCUCUUCCUCUUGUCCCUUUUGCAUACUGACAUCAGAUCACAAUUGCGCUAUGAGCUUCAGGGACUACCGCUGCUAACUCAGAUUUUGGAAAGUGCCUUUAGCAUCAAGUGGACCGAUGAGUAUGAAUCGGCCAUAGACCAUAAUGGACCUCCUCUCUCACCUCAGGAGACAGACUGUGCCAUUGAAGCUCUCAAAGCUCUCUUCAAUGUGACAGUAGACAGCUGGAAGGUGCAUAAAGAGAGUGAUUCUCAUCAGUUCCGUGUCAUGGCAGCUGUCCUUCGCCAUUGUUUACUAAUCGUAGGUCCAACUGAAGACAAAACAGAAGAAUUGCACAGCAAUGCAGUCAACCUUUUAAGCAAUGUUCCGGUCUCUUGUCUGGAUGUUCUCAUUUGUCCAUUAACCCAUGAAGAAACAGCCCAAGAGGCAACAACUCUAGAUGAACUGCCCAGUGAUAAAACAACUGAGAAAGAAACAGUUUUGAAAAACAAUACCAUGGUAUACAAUGGUAUGAAUAUGGAGGCCAUUCAUGUUUUACUCAAUUUUAUGGAGAAGAGAAUAGACAAGGGAAGCAGCUAUAGAGAGGGUCUGACUCCAGUUCUCAGCCUGUUAACAGAAUGUUCUCGAGCCCAUCGGAAUAUCAGAAAAUUUCUCAAAGACCAGGUUUUACCUCCUUUGAGGGACGUGACAAAUCGACCUGAAGUUGGCUCAACUGUGAGAAAUAAGCUGGUGCGCCUCAUGACACAUGUUGACCUUGGAGUCAAGCAAAUUGCUGCUGAAUUCCUUUUCGUCCUUUGCAAGGAGAGAGUGGAUAGCCUGCUGAAAUACACUGGCUAUGGAAAUGCUGCAGGACUGUUGGCGGCCAGGGGCCUCUUGGCUGGAGGAAGAGGAGAUAAUUGGUACUCAGAAGAUGAGGACACAGACACUGAAGAAUACAAAAAUGCAAAACCAAACAUUAAUCUUAUCACUGGUCAUUUAGAGGAACCAAUGCCAAACCCUAUAGAUGAAAUGACAGAAGAACAAAAAGAAUAUGAAGCCAUGAAACUUGUCAACAUGCUUGAUAAACUUUCCAGAGAGGAGUUGCUUAAACCAAUGGGACUGAAACCUGACGGGACAAUAACGCCCUUGGAGGAAGCACUCAGCCAGUACUCUGUCAUCGAAGAAACCAGCUCUGACACAGACUAAAAGCGCCACCUGCUCAACUUUCAAUAUUGCUUUUAUUGGCAUCCUUUCUCUGUAGCUCCAGGAGAAUCUUUUCUCUAAAACAUUUAUGCCCUUGCUUUGGCUAGAAACACGUUAACUGGUUUACUCCUUGAGAAUCCAGCAUAUUUAAGAGGUGAUCUUGUGUUUUCUGCGAUAUUGAGGCAUUCAUACAGAGCUGCAGUUAGGCAGAGUUAUAGGGGCUAGACGCAGAAACAGUAAUUCCAUUUCAUUAGGAUGGAACGAAGGACUUCUUCUGUAAAGCAGCCCUGGGCAUGUCUGGCAGUCCUGGUUGCCAAGAUUCCUAGCCGAAGAUACAGCCAUGUCCUUCCUCACUUGUGUGAGCAACCCCUCCUGAGUCUCUCCAGCAGCCAGAGGCAUGUGAGAGCAGAAAGAGCUGGCAAAUAAGGGCUGAGGCAAGUGAUUCCUUAGGUCCAGACUGACUGAACGGAAGCCAAGCGGCUGCUCUGUGAACCUGGUCCCACUCUUCAUUUCAGUUUUAUAGAAGUAUGGAAACACACACACAAGCACACACAGAGCCCCAGACUUACAAAUUUAAUUACACUCUAAAAGUUUGUAUGUUGUGUAGCUACAACUUCAGAAUAUAUUACUCCCUAGAAGGAGUUCUAAAUGAUGGUUUAGCUCCAGGCAGCUACAUAUGCCUAUUUAUUAUUCCCGUACGUUCCUGAACACUAGUACCGUAGAACUGGACCGCCAUCUGCAUCAUUGCACCGCGAGUGUGCAUUCUGAGGUCAGCUUGGGGUGCCAAGAACAGACACAUCCACUAGCCCAGCAGAGAUGAUGGGGCGCCCUAAGUAAUGGGCGUGCUUUGGUGGCCUCUGCUGGGCGUGGGGUCAGCA